GCAGACCACGUGACGAAGCGCAGCGGCCUCCCAAGGUUCAAUGAGCUCUGUGUGGCCCCACCCCGUGCCUCUUCUGUCUUCUCAGUGUAGGCUACUAUUCUCGGAGGGAGAUAAAGCUAGGGAGAACGGGAGAAAAUAAUACCCUCCAAGAAUUGAGUUUAGUUUUUCUUUUUUUCUUUUUUGUUUGUUUGUUUUUGUUUUAGCUUUUUGAGCCGUGUUUCACCUUCGUCGACCAACGGCCGGGAGAGGAGCGGCCUUCGCGGUGGGAAUGUGCUGCUCCAACAAGCCCGCGUCCUCCUUCUGUGAAUGUUAAUUGACAUGUUCUGGGAGGACUGUAACCUGUUUACCCACCUCGGAAUCAAGGGGGAUCCAUGUAAAUGUGCGUUUCUAUGACAGUGCGGCGACGGACGAACACGUUUAGGCCUGAGAGCAGCCUGACAGCGGCGGUUGAUCUCCCAUCUGCAAGAAGAAGAAGCAGCAGCAGCAGCGUGGAUACAUUUCGAAGGAUUCUCAUAUCUUGGUCACGUUUUUUUCUUGUGUCAUUUCCCCCCUUUGAUUGAUUUUUCUGUCGCCAAGGGGGGUUUAUGGAGACGGCAUCUGGAAUUAAGCGAAAGGAGAGUCUGUCGGUACGCAAUUUUUUGGAGGCUUGGUGGUGAUGUGAGGGGCUGAUAACACAUUUCAGCAACAAAAGCGAGGAGGAGGCCUUUUUGGAGGACAACAGCCAUCACAAAUAAGGAGGACGAAUUGGGGGGAACACAGCGCUUUUCUUUCUAUCUAUUUUCGGAUGGUGUUGGGGGAUCCGGACGGGAAGGCAGCCGCAGUGAGUCUGGAGCUGUCUCGGCCUGAUUUGAUGCAGAGCAUGAAAAUAAGCUAGAUGACGACGGAAGCUCAGAGAGUGUCACACAUGUAGCUCGCUUUGGGUGCAAAUACCCUUCCUGUUGUCCUGCUGCUCUCCCCUCCCGACGAAAAUCUCCGUCUGAGCGACAAAAGAAAGCAACAACAAAAAACGUCCACCUAUGGAAGUGUUUAUUAUGAAAGGCGGAGCGGAGGCGAGCCGCGGCACAGCGAGCGCGAGCUUCUCGGACACGCCGAGCUCGGCUUCCAGUCGCGGGCAGCAGUGAGACGCAAGUCCCGGGCUUUUUUCGGAGAUGCUAAAUAAUCUGCGCGUACGGCCUCCGUUUGAGGUGAAAAGCAAAAUUUUGGUGUCGUAACGAACACUGUGGAAUACAGACGAAGAGAGGCGGCUUUCAGAAGUGAAACACUUCAGUGGAGGGGAAAAAAACAGUGGAGGCUUCAGGAAAGUGAGAAGGCGGCCUCCGCGUCGUUAGCAGCAAUAUCCUGCCCCCCUUUUCUGACUGCAAACUACGUUUUAUGGACACAAUUCUACUUUUGCAAAGGAGCAGCGCUAUUUAAAGGAAACUAAAGGUUUUGAUGUGGGUGACUUUGUUGCCACGGGACAAACGAGAGAUCUAGAUUAGUUGUUUUCUUCAAACCCCACCACUACUUCUUCUCCUUCCACCUCCUCUUCCUCCUCCCCUGGACCCCCCACCCCCUUUUUUCUUUUUUUCCUUGCGGGAAGAUGGGUUGUUUGGGCAACAGUAAGACCGAAGACCAGAGAAAUGAGGAGAAGGCACAAAGAGAAGCAAACAAGAAGAUAGAGAAGCAGCUCCAAAAAGACAAACAAAUAUACAGAGCAACACACAGACUACUACUUCUAGGAGCUGGAGAGUCAGGAAAGAGUACCAUAGUAAAGCAGAUGAGGAUCCUACACGUCAAUGGCUUCAAUGCAGAUGAGAAAAAGCAAAAAAUUCAAGACAUCAAAAAUAACAUCAAAGAAGCGAUUGAGACCAUAGUUACAGCCAUGAGCACCCUGGCACCCCCAGUAAAGUUGGCAAGUCCAGAGAACCAGUUCCGGGUCGAAUACAUCCUGAACCUCGUCAACCAGAAGGACUUUGAGUUUCCAUAUGAGUUUUACGACCAUGCAAAGAUGCUGUGGCAAGACGAAGGAGUGCGGGCGUGUUUUGAGCGAUCCAAUGAGUACCAGCUAAUCGACUGUGCACAAUAUUUUUUAGAUAAGAUUGACAUUGUGAAACAGAGCGACUACACUCCGUCAGAUCAGGAUUUGCUUCGGUGCAGAGUACUCACUUCAGGAAUCUUCGAGACGAGGUUCCAAGUGGACAAAGUUAAUUUCCACAUGUUCGAUGUUGGAGGUCAAAGAGACGAGCGUCGGAAGUGGAUUCAGUGCUUUAACGAUGUAACGGCCAUCAUAUUCGUGGUGGCCAGUAGCAGUUACAACAUGGUGAUCCGGGAGGACAAUCAGACAAACCGUUUACAGGAGGCCCUCAACCUCUUUAAGAACAUCUGGAACAACAGAUGGCUGCGAACUAUUUCUGUCAUCCUGUUCCUUAAUAAGCAGGAUCUGCUCGCAGACAAAGUGCUGGCAGGAAAAUCCAAAAUUGAAGAAUACUUUCCUGAAUUUGCUCGCUACACCACACCAGAUGAUGCUACACCCGAGCCUGGGGAAGAUCCUCGUGUUACCAGGGCAAAGUACUUCAUUAGAGAUGAAUUUCUGAGGAUCAGCACAGCAAGCGGUGAUGGAAGGCACUACUGUUACCCCCACUUCACCUGUGCUGUCGACACUGAAAACAUCCGCCGUGUCUUUAAUGACUGUCGAGACAUCAUCCAGCGGAUGCACCUGCGGCAGUACGAGCUGUUGUGAUGCAAGCGGAAAGGUGUUUGCCAAAAAAACAAAAAAGCAGAUUAAACUACAGAAAGAAACUGAGCCCUGAGUCUCUGAACUCUCCUGUUCCACAAAUGCGUGUGCGUUCCUGUGGCAGAACGGGAGCCAAAACACAAACACUCACAGUAAACACACACACCCUAAAAACCCGGAACCGCCCCGAUGCAAACUCCGUACCUGUUGCUCAAAGAGGGUUUUUGAUGAAGGGCUUUCAAGGGUUGUCACAAAAAAAUUCAGAUCUCCAUCUUCAGCCAUAUUUCAAGCUCCUGCUCUUGUGUCGUUUCCCCCCCCAUACACAUUACCUUUAAAUAUCUAAAUGCCCAGAGGGGCCCAGUCUGGACUGAGAAUCCUGCAGUUGUGUUAGUGUGAUUAUCCUGUUGAUGAAACUAAGAGAGCUAAAACAUCCGUGCAACUGGGAAAGAGAUUAACUGUUGAAUUUCUGCAAAUGAAUAAACAUGUCGAGGCAGAUCAGCUGAACACUGUAUCUAAUAAAAGAAAAGGAAAAAAAAAUACAACACUGUGCUCAGGACUUGACUUGAACCGUGUACACCAAACCUUCCAUCAUUUGCAGGCGUCCUCAAAGCCUGCAGCUGGCUUGGCUUGCAUAGAAACGUAUCACACACCUGCUUUGUACUGGACAGCUCGACAAAGUCAAACUCUGUUCCUUCAACCAGUGACGGGCAUGCGAAGGUGCGACUGAUCUAACCUGGACUUUGGGAUGGGACGGAUCCAGCAGCUGAGCCCUGAGGAGCGCCACUUCUAACGGGAGUGUCUGUGAGAUCAUAGGGCUUCAGACAACGUGUGGUUCUGAUGGGAACUUCAGAGACUUUUUUUGACUGGGACAACGACUUCUCCAAAAAAAAACUGCUUUGCCACCUGACUGCCUUGUUGGUAGUGGAGCAAAAUGUGAGGAGGAUAUGUUAAAUUUAAACAAAAAAGAAAAGAAAAAAAAAAAAAACACACAAAGAAAAAUGCCAACUUUUAUGGAAUUUAAAUGGAGGGCAAAAAACCCCACCCUUCAGUAGUAAAGAACUAUAUAAGUUAAAGCAAACUGUCAUCCUGUUUUACUGUCUCCACAGCUGUUUUUGUCUGUGUGGACAUUUGUGCCAUCGUGCCCUGUGCGCUCUUUAUUUACUGUCAUGUUCUCGCCACGUCUCUGUCCAUCUUCAUCGCUGCAUCAUUCCCCGUUCCCCGAACCGCUUUCCUUAGCGUCCCGCUCUUCAUUUGCACUUUCCCGCCGGUGUUUCUUUGUUUUUUGGGGGAAAAAUAAAAUGUAAUAACCCUGGAUGAUGUAAAAGAUGUUCAAAAUGCUUUUGUAUCCACGUGGCCCACCUGAACUCUCCUGACACUUCUCCGUUAUCUCCUCAUCUUCCUCGGCAUUUUGCCCCUUUGUAUGUCUGUCUUUACUUAACUGCUGAACUAUUAUUCUUGUACAGACUGUAAAAUGUAUUAUUUUGUACAACUUUAUUGAGAAAAAAAAACUUUUAGAAGAUCCCUGUGCCUUGAUCACGACUGUACGUGUGUAAUGAGCUAAAGUGGGUGUCAUACUGCGCUGUAUAGCUUGGCCAAUCCCCUUCUAACCCCCUGUCUUUUUCCAUAUUCUUUCUUUUACCCCCGUCUGUCUUCAUCUUGCUCCUCUUCCUCUGUUCUCGGUCUUCCUCAUCUGAAGUGACCGACCAUCUUUUUCUUUCUCUUCUCCCCAUCUUUUCAGCCUCUAUGAUU